UUGUUUUGAGGUUUAUUGCUUGUCUGGUGGCACAGAACGCAAUUUCCGCUUUCCUCUUGUAAUUCGAUUUUUAAAAUCGCUUCAAGAGGCGAAUUUAAAUAUUGCAGUACCGCUAUCCUUAAGCGAAUGACUCGAUACUUACUUCUAGCCGGAUUUUUAAUGAUGACACUUAAGUCUUUAAAUUCUUCGGUGUACAGCAAGUGCUGUGUUUUGUUUAGGUUGCAUUGUUUAUAAGUUAACAGGUUAGGAUGUACAAAAGGUUCAGUGCCGGCUUAAUCGUAAUUUACGUUUGUUCGUGCUGGGGCGAAUUUAACCUUCCAACUUUACCCAACCAACCCAUCAAGGACGCGCUCUACCUCCACAACACUAGCUCGUCGAACCUAACCCUGCGAGACUGCUCUUUCAGACCCACCGACUAUAAGCAGAAGUGCCCAGAUCCAGAUAUUCGUUUCAUACUUUACAGCGACGACAAAAAGCAAAAUGUUGACUACACCCAAAGCGACUGGUUGAGACAGAGCGCCUGGGAUCACACCAAAGAAGACGUGCUUUUGGUCCACGGUUACGCUGGUGGUGACAACACUCUACCCAUGACGGUGCUACGAGACGCUUACAUCGCCAAGGGGUCCUACAACGUCUGGAUCCUGGACUGGGGAAACUUAGCCCAGCCACCGUGCUACCGCGCAGCCGUCCAUAAUCUCAAAGCUGUGGCUCGCUGUACCGGGGAGUUGUUAAUGGCGCUACGAAAUAGUGGCUUCCCGGCAGACAAAAUGACCUGUAUUGGACACUCUCUAGGGGCACACGUUUGCGGGUUAAUCUCAAACUACGUGCUUUUCCGAAUACACAGAAUCGUAGGGUUGGACCCAGCCAGACCCUUGAUUGCGUCGUCGUCCAGACUUACUAGUGGUCACGCAGCCGUAGUCCACGUUCUUCACACCAACGCUGGACACUACGGGGAAGCUGGGAAAAGCGGCCACGUGGAUUUUUGUAUCAACGGAGGGCGCGUUAUGCCCUACUGUGAAAACGCCGACAUCGAUGAACAACUGUGCAGUCACGUUUGGGCCGUCUGUUAUAUGGCGCAGAGUUUACAGGAAGACUCGGUUAAAAUGGCUGAGCCGUGUUCGAGGAGGUGUCCCACGGGACCUAGGCCCGGUCACAGAAUCGGGAUACCCAUACCAAUGGGACACUCCACCCCUCUAACGGCUAGUGGAUCGUACUGCGUCCACGAUAAGUACCCACCGUUUUGUCCCAGUCACGUCGGUGCUGUAGGAGACAAGAGGUGUUGUCUUAAGGCUCCCAAAAUCAAACCACCCACGACCACGGAACCGAGUGAUUACGAAACCUCGACCCUAGGGGAAGGAAACGAGUUGUGCCGUUAUCAGUUUCCUUGGUGUGGUUCUCAAUAUGUGGCGGGAAGAAGUGACCAAGUGAUUGAAAAUAAGAUGGUAAUAAGGUGGUUCAUAGAAGUGAUAAUAUGUCUAGAAGUGUCGUGUUGGGUGCAAUGUGUGCAAUUCGUUUUGGGCGAGUGUCCGAUACUUUAUAAUGAACCUUGUAGUACCGAAAUGAUUAAGUUCAUUUUGAGCACUCGUUCCAACAACGGGACGAGUUUGCACCAGUUGGACCCCUUCAAGGUACGACUACCCGAAAAUUUCGACAACCAAGUACCAACGAAAAUCCUGAUUCACGGUUACGGGGGUUUAAUCAUCGAUAAAGCCAUUAUAAGCAUCCAGAAAGCGUACCAGGAGUUGGGGUACAACGUCAUUUUAGUCGAUUGGGGGCCCCUGGCCGAGGUCCCUUGCUACACCACUGCGUAUUUAAACACCUGGCACGUCGGACAAUGCAUUGCUAUUCUAGCAGUGAGUUUGAUACCGUUCGGGGUAAAUCCAAAUUUUUUGCAUUUAGUGGGGUUCAGCCUUGGCGCACACAUAGCGGGUUUCACAGGAUCUAACCUCAAAAAUGUCUUGAACGUGGUCCCGGCAAGGAUAACUGGUCUGGAUCCCGCUUUACCCUUUUUUGCAACCCUGAACAACGACUGGAAGCUGGAUUCGGCGGACGCUCAAUUCGUGGAUGUGGUCCACACUAGUGCUGGUAGUUUCGGGAAAAUUGAGGCUCUAGGGCACGUCGAUUUUUACAUGAAUGGGGGUGUUUUGCAGCCGUCUUGCUACCAAGCUCCUCAUCCCCCUAUUUGUAGCCACGUGAUGUCGGGACUUUACUUCGCGGAGUCCAUCACCAACGGGAAAAGUUUCGUCGGACUACAGUGUGAUAAUAUUGCCAGUUAUUUGCUAGGACUGUGUUCGGGGAGGACGAAAGCCGUAAUGGGGGAAUUUGUAGACAAGAGCAUCCGGGGAAGUUUUUAUGUCGAAACUUCAAACACAACCCCAUUUGCCCUGGGUUACAUUUACGACAAUUUUAUUACCUCAGUUUAA